GAAAUCAGAACAGGCACGAGUUAGCCAGUAACCCUGCGCUGGCGAGGCACCACUGUCGUACACGUAGUGGGAAAGAAGAGGUCCUGAUGCGCGAGUCAAGGCAACCCUCGGCGGAGAUGAAGGCGGACUCCGACUGGUUCUGAUUUUUCAAAGUCAUUUUCAUUCAGCAGGUUGCAUGCCAACGGAUGUCAGUAUGGCAGAGCCGUUAUUCCCAGCACCCACCGCUGCAAAAAUGGCGUCAGUGAACCGGGUCCGCGCGUUGACGUUAAUUUUCUUGACUGUCACUGGUUGUUUUGUCACCCCGACAAGUGGCACGGAAGGGUCCGAGGACACCGUCAUCAGUGGCCUCCGUCUGGAGGAUACGGACGACAUUUCCUUCAUGGAUAAAGGUUACUUGCGGGUGAGUGAGCGCUCUCGGAUCAAAUUAAGAGUGUACGGGCAGAACAUCAACAACGAGACCUGGUCCAAGAUUGCUUUCACGGAGCACGAGAGGAGCCGGGCGGGGGCGAGCCUUGACAGCUCCUCAGGGGAUAACCACAGCCAAGAGGACUUGUCGGGCUUGCAUCCCUGUGGCAUUAGGACUUCAGAUAUCAUCAUUUUACCAAACAUUGUUGUGAACAGAAAGACGUCUGGCAUAGUUGAGAUAGAGGUCAAACCUCUGCGAAAGACCGAGAGGAGCAAAGCCUACUACCUUUGCAUUGCCACCUCCUCACCUGCCGUGGCUGGAAUGCACGACCCACGGACGGAGAACACCUGGAUCUACCACGAUGGUGAUGACACCAGAGUGAUCGUAGUGGAGGAGAAAAAGUUUUUGCUGCCUUUCUGGCUCCAGGUUAUCUUCAUCUCAAUGCUGCUGUGUCUGUCAGGUAUGUUCAGUGGUUUGAACCUGGGCCUCAUGGCUCUGGACCCCAUGGAGCUCCAGAUAGUGCAGAAUUGUGGCACAGAAAGGGAGAAAAAUUACGCCAAAAAGAUCGAGCCAGUCAGAAGCCAAGGGAAUUAUUUGCUUUGCUCGCUUCUGCUCGGCAAUGUGUUGGUGAACACAACGCUGACCAUUCUGUUGGAUGAUAUUGCCGGUUCAGGGUUGAUUGCUGUGGUCAUGUCCACCAUUGGAAUAGUGAUUUUUGGGGAAAUCGUGCCCCAGGCCAUAUGCUCCAGACACGGCCUCGCUGUGGGUGCCAACACCAUAUUCCUGACAAAGUUCUUCAUGUUGCUCACCUUCCCUGCUUCCUACCCAGUGAGCAAACUGCUCGACUACCUGCUCGGUCAGGAGAUCGGAACGGUGUACAACCGGGAAAAACUUCUGGAGAUGCUGCGUGUCACGGAUCCUUACAAUGACCUGGUGAAGGAGGAGCUUAACAUCAUCCAAGGUGCUCUGGAGUUGAGGACUAAGACCGUGGAAGUUGUGAUGACACCGCUUCGGGAUUGCUUCAUGAUCCCCGGAGAUGCCACCCUUGACUUCAACACCAUGUCUGAAAUCAUGAAGAGUGGAUACACACGCAUUCCUGUCUUCGAGGGCGAGAGGUCCAACAUAGUGGACCUUCUCUUUGUUAAGGACCUGGCCUUUGUUGACCCGGAUGAUUGCACACCACUCAAAACCAUCACUAAAUUUUAUAGCCACCCGUUGCACUUUGUCUUUAAUGACACCAAGCUGGAUGCAAUGCUGGAAGAAUUUAAGAAAGGAAAAUCCCAUCUGGCCAUAGUUCAGAGGGUCAACAAUGAGGGUGAGGGAGACCCUUUCUACGAGGUUCUCGGUAUUGUCACCCUGGAGGACAUUAUUGAGGAAAUCAUCAAGUCAGAGAUCCUGGACGAGACAGACUUAUACACUGACAACAAGACGAAGAAGAAAAUCACUCAUCGCGACAGGAAGCAGGAUUUCUCGGCCUUCAAGCCUACCGACAAUGAAAUGAAGGUUAAAAUAUCACCUCAGCUUCUGCUGGCUACCCUGCGUUUCCUAGCAACAGAGGUAGACCUGUUCGCACCACCACAAAUGUCUGAAAAGAUUCUACUGCGCUUGUUGAAGCACCCCAAUGUCAUCCAGGAGCUGAAAUACGAUGAGAAGAUCAAGCGGGCACCUGAGCACUACCUCUUCCACAGGAACAGACCCGUGGACUAUUUCAUCCUCAUUCUGCAGGGCAAAGUGGAAGUGGAGGCAGGAAAAGAGGGGAUGAAGUUUGAAGCAGGACCAUUCUCCUUCUAUGGGAUGAUGGCUCUUACCGUCUCACCAGUCCCUCUGUCUCUUUCCCGAACAUUUGUCAAUAGGGCGGAUUCAUUAGCUGGAUCACCAGAAAAUAAAUCUCCACCACGGCCGUUUGGACUCAACCACUCAGACUCUCUGAACAGGAGCGAUCGAAUAGAUGCCAUCACUCCAACUUUGGGCAGCAGCAACAAUCAACUUAACUCCUUUCUGCAGAUCUACGUACCUGACUACUCCGUCAGAGCGUGUUCAGACCUGUAUUUUAUAAAGGUAACGCGGCAGCAGUACCAGAAUGCCGUCAUGGCGUCACGUAUGGACAAGACGCCGCAGUCUACGGACAGCGAGUUCACCAAGAUAGAGCUGACGUUGAACGAGCUUCGAGAUGGCAUGGAGACCCCCGCCGCGGUCACCGGAAUGACCGGCACCGCCACUAACGCCCCGACAGUGACUGUAGCCUUGGCCAACGAGGCAUCCCACCUCCUCAACCAGCAGCACAAUUGCGUCGGCGUGAGCAGGAGCAACCACAGCGUGCACAACGAGGGGCCCAUCUAGCCCUGCGCCCAUAGACCCGGACCCGCCGCCUUCCUGUCUGUUGGACACACAGUGCAGUGGUGUAGCUAGAGAUGAGGGAACACGGGGGACCGUGGGCGGAUGGGGUGAGGAUGCCGUACCUGCUAAGUCAGUUAGUAAGGGCCCCCAAAGGAGGGCUGUGGGGGCAGGCGGGUGCUGAACGCCCACCCCCAAGGCUGUUGGCAGCCAUGCUCUACUACGCCUUCUUAAGACGGUGCUGUGACUGAGCUGCUUUUUGGGACAAAAAGACACUUUCCAUGCGGUAACUUGGAUGAGAGGAUGACAGACUGACUGAAAACUUGCCCUGUCCCAAACCUUACCUGUGCCACCACACAGUCAUAAACACAGGCCCCUUUUCCACCAAGCUGGUGCUCGUGCUCGUUGUGACGUUGAGUUAUGACUGCGGCUGGUGAAAUUGUCGGUCCAUGGACCCCCAAGCACGGACCCCGCGGCCUCAACAUGCCACACUGGGCCAUGUGUGGCUGCUGACGGGUCCCUGCUUGGCAUGCUUUCGUCCAGGGCAAGCCCUGGUAGGCCUCAGCCAGACUUCCUGGGCCGCCUCUUCCUGGAUCAGCUUGUUGCUGGCUGCUAGUCAAAGGUGCUCAGGCAAACUGCACGCAACAUUGUCACUGGUACAUCCAAGCGUCGACUGCCGAUCUAGCAUACUCGGCAACGGCGUCACAUUAGAAUCGCGCUUUGUGUUGAGCUGGCAGCGGUGGCUUCUUUUCCACAUCCGCGAAGAAAAUUUUGGCAGACUUAAUCAUUUGGUAGGAUGAGAAAGUCUCUCAAAACUUUUGAUGGCAUGUGGACAUGCACAAGUUUGCUGCAGCAACAUGCUAGAUUUUACCCACAGAAAAGGAGCCCCCUGUGCUGUGGACUCGACGAGCAUUCAGCGUGGUGCUUAAACUAUACAGAAUUGUAGUGUUAUUUAAAAUGUGAAUUUCUACUCCAUGCAUUAAUGCCCUGAUGAGCACACAGAGUGCUGACUUUUUAACCGAAAUUCCCCCAAAAAGCCCUUUUCUUCCCUUCAAUAGUGUUCAAAGCGUCCAUACGCGUCUUCGCGGCAGCAGCGCUGUUUCACCGAGCCUCCACCUAGUCUUUGCUUGGCAAAACACUUUUCUAACCCACUUAAGACUUGCUACUAACAGCAAACAAUCACAUUUGCUGUUUUUAUGUUUUUGGUGCUGAUUUAAUGGGCCAAAUGCUCGUUGCUUUAUGUUCGUGCUCUUACAAGCAUGCACGCCAUGCAUGAGCUUAACACGGGCUGCAAUUAUGCUUUAGGCCAGAGGUGGUUAUCGUGAGUAAAAAAGUGACUAACUCCAUAUAGAACCUAGCUGGAGGAGAGCUUUUUCCCCUUUUCCUGCUUGUGUGUUCUACCAUUGUGUUAUUUACGCUUAAAAGAAGAGACUGGGUCCUGAAAAAACACUUUUUAUUAGGGAUGUCCCGAUUGCAUAUUUUUGCACCCAAGUCUGAAUCUGUGAUUUUGAGAAUCUGUCGAUACCGCGUUCCGACACGAUACUGAAAAAAAGUUGGGUUUUUUUGGAACAAAGGUUCCAAACAUGUCACUGUCUCACUGUGCCGCCUUCAUAAUGUGAGUUAUUUCUAAAAAAAGAAAGAAUAACGUAGAAAAAUGCUGGUCUUUAUUAAAUGCUUCAUUUAGUGAGUCCACGCAAAUCCACUCACGCUGCUGAGAACAGACUCUCACUUACACAGUGAAUUGCCACAGCACACUACCGUUAGUGUUUAACAAGCUAACUGAUGAUUGACACAUUCGUGCCUUUGAUUGUAGAGCUGAUCAAAGAUCUAAGCUACAAACCUUUCAAUCAUCGUUAACCUUAAGUACCAAACGCAAGCUGCAAUGCUUAGAAGGAGUGUGGGUGAGAGGCUGUACGAGCAUGAAGCAGAAAAACAUAAAUACUGUAUGUAUUUUUAAUUAAAAACCCCAUCCUUUUCCCCCGACUCCGAUCGGCCCAAUUUCCAAUCAUGUGAUCGGAUCAGGACAUUCCUGCUUUUUAUUUCUGUAUGUGAUGCAGUAGACAUACAGUACCAGAGGUGGGUAGUAACGCGUUACAUUUACUCCGUUAUAUUUACAAAAAUGUACUUCCAUGCAAUACUUUUUACUUUUACUUGAGUAGAUUUGUGAAAAAGAAACACUACUCUUACUCCACUACUUUAGACUACACUACAACCGCCAUCCACCAAAUGUGACAUUGAAAACAGCAUGUGUUCAUAGAUAAGCCGCACUGGACUAUAAGCCGCAGCUGUCCUCACUGUAUUAUGGGAUAUUUACACCGAAAGAUAUUAACCGCUAACACUUUAUUUGACAGCGGCAUCAUACGACUAUCAUAAGAUGAAAUAAACAACCCUGAAACUUUGAACCAAUUGGCUGCAAAGAUUCAUUGCUUUAAGAAGCUUCAUUUGGCCAUCACUGCUCCCUUCGGGAAGACAGUUAGCCUCUGCUGCCACCUGCUCUCAGCACAAUUAUUGUCCAACAUGCCUCCGAGCAUGCAUUGCGGCACUCCGGAUGUAAAUAACAAUCAAAAUUCAUGUUCUUUGCUAUAUAUUUCUUCAGUUACUUUUCCAGUUGUUUCGUUAACUGCUAGUUAGGGUAUUUGGUAACACUUUAUUUGAUAGUGCAGCCAUAAGACUGUCAUUAGACAAUCGUAAUUAAUGCAUGACACUGUCAUGAGCAUUAACGAAUGCUCAUAACAGAUGUCAUUUAGUGUUAUCCGGCAAAUGAUCUCACUUUUGAAUGGUGUAAAAGAGCCUAGCUGAGUUAGUGACAUAAUUUGCCGGAUAACACUAACUGACAUCUGUCAGAAGCAUUCAGUAAUGCCCAUGACAGUGUCAUGUCAUAAUUAUGACGGUCUUAUGACGGCGCUGUCAAAUAAAGAGUUACCUAUUAAACCAAAUAAAUUAACAAAUAAGCCACACUAGAUUAUAAACCACAGGAUUCAAAAUGAAGGAAAAAAGUAGCGGCUUAUAGUCCGAAUAUUAUGGUACACCAAUCAGAGAUAACAAUGUGUUUCUCCACUAGAGGACGCUCAUUCUCUUAGGACAAGUGAGUUUCAAGUGUUGUUCUGGUCUGAAUUUGAUGAUUUUCGUGUCAUCUUUUUGGCCUAAUCUAGUCAUGUAAUAGGUUAUAGUACAGUAUAAUAAUAACAGUUCAUAUAGGUGAAGUUGUGCUGAGAAAAAAAUAUACAAUUAUUUUAAGAAAUUGACAUAGUAGGCAGUAUUCAAAAUGUUACUUUUACUACUUGAGUAAUAUUCUCUAAAAGUAAUUAUACCCUUACUUGAGUAAAUUUUUAGGUACUCUACCCACCUCUGUGCAGUACAUAAGAUACAUUUCUGGAUUUCUGCUCUCGCUUGCUGCUAAUGUAAUGAUGUACGGAUAUUUUAUGAUGACUCAGUGACGUGACACCAACUUGACUGCUUGCCUAAGGAAAACCAAACCUGUUCUUACUAAACACAUAAUCUAAACCAACAAAACACGGCACGAGCACUAGCACCGUACGGGCACGCUCAUUGUACACUACAAGUCACUGUAUUUUCCACUCAGGCCAAAGACCUUGGUCCCCCCCAUUUUUUAAUUUUUAUUGUUUUUAAACUGGACAUACACACUCUUUCCCAAACAAAUCCCACCUUUAGCAUCUUUCAGGGAAACUCGGUGGACAUUUGAACCCAUCAACAUGGACUUCAGAGAGAAUGGUUUUGCAAAGACUGCACCAAAAACCGCUUUGGGAGAACCCAUCACAUCAUAAACCAAGAAUGUUUUCCUGUAUUUAUUUAUUUUAUAGUAUUGUAUGUAUAUAUAAAGAUAUAUAUAUAUAUAUAUAUGUAUGUGUGCAUAGCUAUAUGAUGUGACAGUGUGCCAAUAAAGCGUUCACAAAGUCACACCAGAAAAAACAUGCUACAUACAUGGAGCUAAACAUCCAUUUGUGUAUAUGAGGGGGUGAAGGUCUUUUACAGAUACAGUAUGUAUAUUACAGAUUGUCUUAUUUUUACUAUUGUGUAUUCAAAAUUGGGCUUUUUCACCUUAGAAAAAUCACACUAUUGCCUUUAAGGAUACAAAAUCAUAACCUUAAUUAUUUUUAACAAAGUGCAAUGAAGAGAACUUUAUUUAAGAGAUGAUUAUUAAUAAUUAAAAAAUGCCUAUUGUAAAUUGACAGCUAUAUUUGUAUGUAUGCUCUGUAUGUAUAUGAAUGUUUGCAUUUGAAAGAUGCUAAACCCCACGUUCAUGUGCAAAUUUCCCUUAAUGUCCAAUUAGAGGCCUCUCAUGGUUGUGAGCUCACACUCAAAUCUGCAGUGCAUCCAAGUGGGAGUGUGGAUGUGUUGCGGGAAUGCUGAUGUGAACGUGGAAGCGCCAUCACCAGCCAGUACACUCUCAAAAGGAGUGGUUUUGUUUUUGACAACUUUACGUUUAAUCGAGCUUGACUAUUGCACAGUAUUAAUGACCUCAUCUAACAUGUUGAGCAUUAUCAACGUCACAAGAAGAAACCUCGACAUUAAAUAUGUCCACGGAUGACACAUGACAUUCCUUAUCCACGCUGUAGUUUCUGUUGUUUGUCUCCUUGCUACAGGACACUCCAGAACCAAGCCUUAUUCAAGUAUAUAAGGCUUUUUCUAUUUUUUGACAGCAGUGAAUGUGAGAAGAGCGUUGUGGCGGCCAUCACAAUACAGAUCAUAAUCCAUGUUUGAUAAUUCUUUAGUUCUGUUGUUUCACAAUUGCGGCUGCCAUUAAAAGAGUUUUGUUUGAUAAUGUUUUAUGCUUCAAUUUUAUGUAUACUUAGUACACAGUAGUGUUUGUCUGUUUUAUUGAUCAUGCUACAAGUCUUCCUGCCUACUGGAAAAAGUUUACACACCAAAUCUACAUUCUUGAAACUCAUUUUAUUUUAAUGUUUCUUUUGUUAAACAUCUAACAGGAAAGAGACCUCCGCAGCAAAUUCCCUCACAAACCCAACUUCUGAUUUGUUUGAAUUUGCAAACCAUUCGAAUGACUGGCAAAAUCUGUAGGAUGUAUCCUUUUCCCAGUUUCAGGUGUGCUACAUUGCAGUGCAGAACAUUUGGGCUGAAUUCUGAAAUCACUACUCCACUGAGGUCAUCACCCAAAUGGAGGCGCCAGAGCGCGAUAAUGACAGACGGGGCUAAACAGCAGAUUAAAAGACUCAUUUCUCGUCAUCUGCGCUUUGCCAAAUUGUUUUAUAUAGUCGAAUAUGAUUUUCCUUCCAAUAAUAAUGCUAUGUAAGAUUUUUUUAUGGUGUCACAGGUACUUUAAUGAUGCCUAAAGUUCAUGGGUUGGGUGUUUACAAUGUAAUGACUCAUUACUUCCUCUAUUAUUAUUUACAUAAGUUUAUUUAUCUAAUUAGCAACUAUCUGUCAUUGAAGCCCUUCUGAAAAUUGCUGUAACAGUGCUAUAUAAGUAAACUUCACUUUUUCAAUAUCUCAAAUGUGGCUUCUUUGCAUCCAUUCAGUGUCACUUAAAAGUUUUUACCAAAACCAUUUUUAACUGUUGCAACAGUUUAAAAGUUGCCUUUAAAGUAGUUGACACUUCGUAUAUUUUGAAUACCUU